AAAUCUUCUGAAGGAGGAAAAGUUGGAUUUGGCUAAAUUGGACAAGUUUAUCACUACAUGGAACAUUGCUAAGCGCAAUGUACAUUCGCUUUUCAAUCAAAAUUCGUGCGCUAAUUACAACUACCCUCCUCCGGAGAUGAUUAACCAAGUGAGAAGACCAGUUCACGAGCGUUUGGGCCAUCCCUACAAUCAAAGACAACACACACGCACACAAAACAAUGUCAAUAGACAGGGUAAUGGUUUCAAUAGAACAAAUGGAUCGGGCAACAGAUCGGGUUACAACAACUACAACAAUCACAAUCACACACAAAAUUCACAAAACACUCAGCGUACAGUUCGAUUCCAAGGUGAUAAUCGUAACAACACACAAAGAAACACAAACUACAGUAACAAUAACAGACUAAAUGGUCGCAACAACUACAACAACUGGCCUAAGAGGGAUUAUUCGGAGAUGGAAUGUGAUUACUGUGGGGAGUUAGGUCACAUUAGGAGAAAGUGUUUCACACUGAAAAACCUGCAGCGAGAUGCGGUGAAUUUCAUCGAGGCCGCGAGGCCAGGGACCAGUGCAGAAAAGGAGUUGUCGGAUCUGAUGGGACGCAUGAGGACAGCAGAUGGUCCUAGGGUGGAGACUUCGGACGAUGAAAGCUACUCCGAGUGGAACCCAGAUACAAAUUGGAAACGCGGUGCUGAUCGCGCAGCGCGGACAGCUUAAACCGCGACGUGAACGCCGGCACGAACAUCCAAAUUUGAUGAUGCCGCUCGCAACGCCGGUGACAAAUGCGGCGGAAGACUACAUGGAUGUCGAGAUGGGAGAAGAUACAGAACUGAUGCGGGGCACUGGAUGCGGUGAGGGCCCGUUCCGAGGAUUCUUGGAACCGGUUCAAACGAAGAGCAGAAGAAGAAAGCGGGAUGCCGCUGUGGCGGAGUUGCCAGCGAUCUGUCUUCGACGUUCGAAACGUCAGAGAAAUCCUAAAAUGAACGAUGAAUUUGUUUAUAACUAGUGCAUAGCUUUUUCGAACUCAAACUCUUACAAUUUUCUUAUUAAAAUAACUUGUAUUUCGAAUACUUAA